AUGAGCGACGACGAUGAUGAUGGCUAUGGUGAUGAGGAGCAGCAGCAGCAGGACGAGAUAGAACAACGAUUUUCGGUAAGAGGCCUGGCCGCUUUAGGCCGCAGUGAGCCUGUUGACCCUCGGAGAGUUUUGCUUCUGACUAAGCACAUUUCGCGCGACGAUAUCGGCCGCUAUGGCUGCUUGGCAAAGGGGCCCCAAUUCACGCCCUUCAGUAGCUGGACGCCGGAGUCGGACAAUUUCCCCGGGACCCUGCUUGGAAAAGAAUAG